CGCAAACCUCCGGUCGAUCAAAGCCUCGUCUCCGCCAAGAUAUAGAAAGGACCUUCUCUUUUCGUCAUUAACGCUAAAACAACGUACAGGGAAACAUGUUUGGUAAGUGACGGGUGACAGAUGGAGGGAAAAGGCCCGUAUCGCAUCUAUGACCCCGGUGGGAGCGAUUGCCAGGUUAAAGACGAGGCCAGCAGCCUCAGCUACAGACAGCUGCUAGAGGAAAACACCGUUUUGAGGGAGAGAAUGAAAGGUCUGAAGAGUUUAGGAGACCUGUUAGAGGAGUCUCAGGCUGAAGCAGCCAAGCUGCGGAAGAGGGUGGAGGAGCUGGUGAGGGAUAAUGAAGUGCUGAAGUCUUCUGCCACCAGUUUUGCCUCCAGUCUGUGUAUGGGCACUCCUGUACAAACUGAGACACACGGUCAUGGAAAACGUCACGGUCAUCCUACAACAGAAAGACAAGAGUCUCGGGAUUGUUUGACUGGGAAUACUUUACAGCAAGAGGCAACGGAAGGUUCAUCAGAGUUUGAGGUGGUGAACAUGGAGGAAAAGACUGCCCCUGAAACACAAACGGCUGGAGUGCUUCACCUGCCACAGGAGAAUUUGGAGCUGGCGAGUCAACUCCGCCGCCUGGAGAGCUCCUUCAGUGUGUUUGCUGAAGAGUCCAAUCCCAACCAGCUGCUGGCUCACCUGGGCCGCAUGGCUGUGGAGUUUCACCAUUUAUCUUCCAAGGUCCAGAAGAAUGAACAGAGGACAUCUCUCCUACAGACGCUCUGCGAACAGCUAAGACAGGAAAACAGCGAGCUUAGGAAAAAGAUGGAGGAUGACCUUCAGUAUCGUAACCGUGAUCUGGAACAGCUGAGACAGGAGAACCUGAAACUGAAGGAGCAGGUCAGCGGGGCGUCCCACACUGCACAUGUUGAGCAACUGAACCCAAAGGAGGAGCCAGUCAAAGAAGAGGUGGUCAAAACCAAGGUGGAAAUGACCAUGACUCAGCAGUCUGGCAAAGCUGUUGAGAAAACACCAUCUAAGACUUGCGAUCCAGAGAUGUACGAGAAGAAGAUCAAGCUUUUGGAAAAGCAGAGGAAAGAUGUGCUGGAGGUGAACAAACAGUGGGACAUUCAGUGGAAUUCUAUGAAGACACAGUUUGAGCAGAAGAUCACAGACUUACGGCAGCGGCUGGCAGACUCCCAGAAGACUGUGCUGGAGCUGGAAGCAGAGCGUGAACAGAGACAGAGAGACUACGACAAAAAACUCCUCCUUGCCAAGUCUAAGAUCGACAAUGUGCAGGGGGAGAAGGAGUGCCUCACCUCAGAGACGUGUGAGCUAAAACAAAAAGUGCGUUACCUGCAGGACCAGUUGCUGCCACUUACUAAACAAAGAGAAUAUCAGGAGAAGGAGAUCCAGCGGCUCAACAGGGCAUUAGAGGAAGCUUUGAACCUGCACUCUCCUUCAUCCACACAGCCAGGAAUGAAUCUGGGAGAAGGUGUUGCCAACCUGAGACAGCAGGAGCUGCACACACAGAUUGCUGUACUGAAGGAGCAGGUGAAGAUCUUCGAGGAGGACUUCAGGAAGGAAAGGAGCGAUCGAGAGCGUAUGAAUGAAGAGAAAGAAGACCUGAGGCGGCAGGUGGAGCGGCUUCAGGGUCAAAUGACCAAUCUGACCAAUCAGCUUCAUCAAGCACAGAAUGAGUGUCAGCGUGAGCGAGCCGAGAGGUGUAAACUGGAGAGACUGCAGAUGCAGCAUAAACAGGAGGGGCAACAGGAAAGGAGGACGUCUGACCCUACGUCUAAUGCCCCCAAUGGCCCGAUGAGUCCUCCAUACUGCGGGCCGUUUGUGCAGGUGGGCCAUCAGGGUCUGGAGGGGUGGCCCAUUCACUUCCCACCCCGCAUGCCCAACAUCAGCACAGCACCCGGCAGAGACUUCCAGCCCGUCAAUCCUGGUUUUCCCUGGCAGUCAUCUUUCCCACAACCACGUGGUUCAAGAGGACAAGCAGACACAGCUCGAGCCCCGCCAGAAACUGCAGAAAUGGGAGCAACUGGAUUUGGGAAAAGGGAGCGUCAGAAUAUUGACCCCGGAAAGCACUAACCACACUCACUCUCUCUCUCUCUUUCUUUCUGUCUCUCUCUCUCUCUCUCCUGAAGAUCUCUCGGCUUGUAGCAUGAUGCAGUUUUCAUUUCUCCGGUUGGCAUGGUGUGAACUAUUGUUUUAUUUUUGUUAGUUUUCUCCCUGCUCUGUACAUAUCUAUAUCUACCACUGAUGAAAAAUGUUGUUUAUAUUAUUCAGUUUUAUAAUCCUGUUUGUGAAACACUGUUCUGGCAAAUUAAGAAUA